AUGUCCAUGCCCAAAGACCCAACCAAUGAAGAAGAAGAAUACAUCGAAGACAAAGCAUUCGAAAAUGUGUCUACAUCAUUGCACCAAGGCAAUGACCCCAUCUACCUCACACCAGAGCAAGACAUGGAAGACAGAGACGACAUCAACGAUGAGCAUCUCGACUAUCUUGGAGAUUUGAACGACGGCUAG